CUACAAACUAUUGUACAGAUUAUAUAUCGAACACACCUCAUUUUCAUAUAUGAAUGUGUUUUAUCUAUUAUGUGUAAUGUAUAAUAUCCUAUAGAAUGCGCGAAUCCAGGGAAUCCCCUGUCGUCAAUUGCCUUUUGAUCCUCUUCAAAAGAGCCACGAAUUUUUUUCGCAUUCCUUAUCAUUAACAGUUGAUCAGAUUUUCUUUAAAAAAUUAAUAUAUGCAGUUCCAGUCUUACCUUCUAAAUAUCAAGGAAUGUUCUUGAAUAGACCUCAAAGCGCAACAACCAGGCAAGAGAUUGAGAUGAUCUAUAAAGCUCAACAGGCCUUGCAAAGCACCACAGAUUCUACAGAAAAACUUCGUUUGCUUUGCCUGGCCAGAGGUGCCAAUGGUAUUCUUGGUUUGGGCAGAAUUUUUCGUCGUAUGGAUGAUGAUGGAAAUAAGAAAUUGAACUUAGAAGAAUUCACCAAAGGUCUCGAAGAAAGUGAUUUGGAUAUUUCAGAUGAAGAGAUUCAAGAAAUGUUUAACAAAUUCGACACAGAUAACGAUGGAAACAUUAACGUCGAUGAGUUUAUUAUUGGUAUAAGACCCCCAAUGUCUCAAAAUCGCAAAAAUGUAGUAGAUCAAGCCUUCAAAAAAUUGGAUAAAACUGGUGAUGGAGUGAUCACGAUCGAUGAUUUAAGAGGAGUUUAUAACGUUAAGUGUCAUCCCCGUUAUAUCAGUGGCGAAGAAAGUGAGGAAAGUAUUCUCAACAAGUUUUUAGCAAAUUUUGAAGAGAACAAUACUAGAAAUGGCACAGUUACCGAAGAAGAAUUUACGAAUUAUUAUAGCGCUAUCAGCGCAAGCAUUGAUCAUGAUGCCUAUUUUGAUCUAAUGAUGCGAAAUGCUUACAAACUCUGAAUCUUGUAAUAAAAUAUUCCUCCAAUUUAAUUUUCAUUACUUUUAAACUUAUAGCACUUUGCGAUCAAUGUCGAUUUUUAAUGCAUUCAUGCAACUGGUAGUGACUAAUAAAAAAUUUAUAGAUAGCUUUAGAUAGUUUACGGAAGUUGGCAAUUUAGUUUACGUAAUAAUUCAUAAUCACUAGUUUCUUUUAAAUCGAAAUUUUAUCUAAUUAAUCGAUGAAUUGUAUUGAUUAAUGUAUCAA